CCUUAAAAUUAUGUUAUUGAAAAAUUGAGUUAUUGUGAUUUUUGUGUUAGUAGUGUGAAAGUUUUCUAGUAAAGUAUUUUUAUUUUUAGAAAUAAUUUAUAAUACAUAAUUUUAAUAAAAUCAUAAUUUUGUGAUCAUUUAUGAAAUUUACCCCAUAACUACUCCAUUCUCUUUAGUCUUUACAUUUAUAAUUUGUUCUUAUCUUCUCCUUAAAUACUAACAACAAAAAAUUAAAUUUAACCUCCUAUUUCACAACUAUCUAGUCUUUUUUAGUGCUUUGAUUUUAUUUACUUUUUUUACCUACAAUUUUUUUUUUCUCAAUUUCUCAUAAUGGAGAUAUUUGGAGGCAAGAUUAAGCAUGACCCUUCUCUCAAAACUCAAAAAGUUAUGUUAAUUUUUCAAAUUAUUUUGAGAAUUUUGGGAUUUACUUUCUGUUUAGGCGCUGUUUGGAGAAUUAUGACUAGUAAACAGGUUCUCGUUCUUGGCAUUGAGGCAAAUUACACCUAUUCUCCUACAAUGAAAUUUUUUGCAUAUGCAAAUAUGAUUGGAUGUGCCUCAUCUAUUGUUGCUCUAUUUCUUCUUUUGGUUUGUUGUUAUAAGAAAUAUCUCAACUCUAACAAGUACCUUUUUUACUUGUUCCUCCAUGAUUUGAUUGUGUUUGGAUUACUGGUGGCUGGAUGUGCAUCAGCAACAUCAAUAGGAUAUGUGGCUAAAUAUGGGCAAAAAUAUUCAGGGUGGAAUCCUGUAUGUAACUAUGUUACUAAAUUAUGUCACAAAGCUACAGUCAGUGUAACUUUAUCUUACAUUGCUAUUAUUUUCUACCUUUGCCUCACUAUAAUCUCAGCUAACCAAUAUGUAUUUCACUAAUAUUUGCGUGAUUAAUUAGUGUUUCAUGUAAUUUAUUAUGCUUAAAGAGGAUGGUGUACUUUGAGAUAAAUGAAAGAAACUAUAACCUUUUAUUA